AUGGUGGGGGGGGGUGGGGGGUGGGGGUGGUGGGGGGGGUGUUGUGUGGGGUGGGGGGGUGUGUUUGGGUUGUGGGUGGGGUUGGGUGGGGGGGGGGGGUGUUGGGGGGGUUGGUGGGGUUGGGGGGGGGGGGGUUUGGUGGGGGGGGGUUGGGGGGGGGGGGGGUGGGGGGUGUUGGGGGGUGGGGGGGGGGGGUGGGGGUUGGUGGGGUUGGGGUGGGGUGUGUGUGUGGGGGGGGUUGUGGGGGGUGUGGUGUGGGGUGUGGGUGUGGUGGGGGGGUGGGUGUGGGGGUGUGGGGUGGGGGGUGGGUGGGGUGGGUGUGGGGGGGGGGGGGGGUUGUGUGGGGGUUUGGUGGUUGUUGUGGGGUGUGGCUGUGGUGGUGGGGGGUGGGUUGGGGGGGGGGUGUGGGUGGGUGGUGGGGGGGGUGUGGGUGGGGUGUGGUUGGGGUGGUGUGUGGGGGGUGGGGGGGGGGUGGGGGUGGGGGUGGGGUGGGGGUGGGUGGGGGGGGGGUGGGGGUGGGGGGGGUGGGGGGGUGGGGGGGGUGGGGGGGGGGGUGGGGGGGGGGUGGGGGGGUGGGGGGGGGGGUGGGGGGGGGGGGGGUGGGGGGGGGGGGGGGGUGGGGGGGUGGGGGUGGGGGGGGGGGGGGGGGUGGGGGUGGGGGUGGGUGGGGGGGGGGGGUGGGGGUGGUGGGGGGGGGGGGGUGGGGGGGGGGGGUGGGGGGGGGGUGGGGGGGGGGGGUGGGGGUGGGGGGGGGGGGGGGUGGGGGGGUGGGGGUGUGGCGGGGGGGGGGGUGUGGGGUGGAGGGUGUGGGGCUGGGUGGGGGUGGGGGGGGGGGGGGUGGGGAGGGGUGGGCGGGGGGGAGGGGGUGGGGUGGGGGGGAGGGGGUGGGGGGGGGGGGGGGGUGGGGGUUUGUUGGUGGGGGGUUGUGGUUUGGUUGUUGUGGGUGGGUGGGGGGGGUUGGUGGGUUGGGGUGGUGGGGGGUGGGUGGUGUGGGGGGGUUGGUUGGGGGGGGGGUGGGUGUGGGUGUGUGGGGGUCAAAUUCUGUUUAUUUGCCAGCUCAUUAAAAUGGGAGGUCAAGUUGAGAAAAAUGAAGCUUUUCGACACCAACUUCUUUUUGCUUUUAAUCAAGGUUCUAAGGCCGCAAAAGCUAAUCAGCGCAUUUGUGCUUUGUAUGGGGAGAAUGUCAUAGCUAAAAGAAUCGUUUGUGAUUGA